AGGAGGAAAAAGUGGUGUGGCCGCGGGCAUCGUGGAUGAGCUUGUGGUGUGAAGUGGUCAGCAGUGUGUCGGAAUGGCUGUGCAACUGGACCAGAACGGCAAGGAUGACCUGAAGACGCAGUUCGUCACGCGGGAGGGCACCUAUCGUCUCAUGACGCUCUCGGAGUACUCGCGGCCCAAUCGCGUCGGCUACACCAGCAACCAGAGCUCCCCGCAGGUGCGCGUCUCCAUCGUGUCGCUGCCCAGCCACCAGGCGACGGCGCCACCCCCGCCGCCCGCCACCACCAACGGCCAGGAGGCGUCCGGGUACGCCCUGGCGGCGGCCGGAGGCGACCGGAUAUGCUACAACUUCGGCAAGGAGCUCUUCGUGUACGCCUACCGCGGCGUGAAGAAGCAAACGGCGGAUCUGAGCAAGCCCAUUGAUAAGAAACUGUACAAGGGAACCAAUCCGAGUUGCCAUGAUUUCAAUUCGACCAACGCAAUGGGCGAAGGCGCUCCACUUCUUGUGGGCUUCACCACCGGACAGAUUCAGUUGGUUCAGCCGGGCCGCCGAGAGCCGGGAAAAUUGUACAACGAGGAG